AUGCCGCAUGAUUUUCAUAUCCAACCCAUCGACUCCCUCUUGAUUGGGAGGCCCGUCUCCUUCGUCGCCGGCCAGUUCGCCGGUCUCACGCUUCGUGCGGAAUUAAUCGAACUGCAGCAGGCGGAGCUUGGUCGCAAGUAUGCCCGCAAGGACAGAAGGCCGUUUGACCCUCCACCGGUAGUGCAACUGAAACUCUACCGGGUGCUCAACAUCGGCACCGCCAACGAGAAAGAAGAGGAAAUCCUCGAUUACAGCCGUAUGCAGAGCCUCGGUUUCUUGUGUCAUGUCGACCUUUUCCCUGUCGCACUUACCGACAUCGACAGCCAGAGAUUGGACGUCCCGCCCUACGUGGGACCGCCAACGACCCUGCAUCCCAGCGCACAUCAUGGCACAAGGACUUCCUCCCAAUCCCCCCUCCGCAACGACAGUCGUAAUGCAGAGAUGAUCGCCAUGCGGCCCAGCAACUCACCGACCUCACACUCUGCAUAUUCAGUGCCAUCCCCGGCUCCGUUUUUGACUAGGACCCUGCCCUUUGAUCCCGUUCGCGCCGCACAUUCAAGUCACAGUAGCGAACCAGUCUCUUCAGCAUCGGGAUCCGAUAUGCAGCUCUCCCGGACUUAUGGUCCUGAAGAAGAAGUCGUUGCGUAUAUCAACAAUCAGCCCAUUCUAGAGAGUUCAAAUGAGACGGAGUUACUCGUCGGUGCAACGUUUGUUUCGCCAACCUGCCUAGACUAUAACGGGAGGAAGGUGCUCAUGUUCAUUUUUUCCGACCUUGCAGUAAGAGCGGAAGGGCUAUUCAUGCUUCGCUAUCGUGCCUUCGACAUUUUGUCAAACGCGUUCGGUCACGUCGCUGUGCCCGUACUGGCGCAGUGUUUUGGAGGUGUUUUCAAGAUUUAUUCCUCUAAAGAGUUCCCGGGGCUGCCCGCUUCGACGGAUUUGACGAAGUAUAUCUCCCGCUUUGGAGUGCGACUCAAUUCUCGAGAACAGGAGCGCAAAAGACGUAAGAAGACCUCCGAGGGGUCUCCGUGA